AUGUCGGAGGAACACACUGAUUCCAACUCCAGCGGGUACUAUUUUGACAAUCCCUCAACACGAAUCCAGAGCAGCUUCGUGUUCUCAGGACCCAUAUUUGUCAUUCUGAUGGUGAUGAUGGUGACUUUGGUCGUGGUGAUAGUUCUGGGUAACGCGCUGGUCAUUUUGGCUUUUAAGGUGGAUAAGAGUUUGAGGAGACAGUGCAAUUACUACUUCCUGAAUUUGGCAAUUUCAGAUUUUCUAGUAGGGGCGUUCUGUAUCCCGGUCUAUAUCCCCUACAUCCUGACAGGCAGGUGGACGCUGGGUCGAGGGCUGUGCAAGCUGUGGCUGGUCACAGACUAUCUGCUCUGCUCGGCAUCUGUCUUCAGCAUUGUGCUCAUCAGCUAUGACCGUUUCCUCUCUGUCACCAGAGCGGUAAGUUAUCGAGCCAGACAGAGCAUGACUCAUCAAGCCAUAAUCAAGAUGAUUGCAGUCUGGGUGCUGGCCUUUGUCCUGUAUGGGCCAGCUAUCAUAUUCUGGGAGCUGGUGGUGGGCAGAAGCCGCGUGCCACAGGAUGAGUGCUUUGCAGAGUUCUAUUACUCUUGGUACUUUCUGCUAAGUGCCUCCAUGUUGGAGUUUUUCUCUCCUUUCAUCUCGGUGGCUUUCUUCAACCUCAGCAUUUACCUCAGUAUACGCAGGAGAAGGCGCCACCAUAGGGAGGCCCAACUUCAGCAUCAGCUUCAGGCAAGUGAACCAGCGUCUGCCCAGACAGAAGGCAUCCCUCUAUCCCAUAACUGGGGAUUUGGGAUAAAACUGCCUGGAAGAGGCUCCUUCCACUCUCAGACCUCCUCCCCUUGUUUGGGUAAACUGGAUCCCUCAACCAGCAGGGCUGCUCAGCCUAGCCGUCUGUCCAGGGAUAAGAAAAUUGCUAAGUCCCUGGCCAUCAUAGUAUGUGUGUUUGCCAUCUGCUGGGCACCAUACACCCUACUGAUGAUCAUCCGUGCUGCCUGCAGAGGGCGAUGCAUCCAGCAUCACUGGUAUGAGGUCACCUUCUGGCUCCUGUGGCUUAACUCAGCUAUUAACCCAUUCCUGUACCCACUGUGCCACAGUAGCUUCCGCAGGGCCUUCAGCAAGAUCCUUUGCCCAAAGCGGUACACAACUCCGCCUUCCUCUGCCCUGCGCCCUGGCCAGUGACAGGAAUACCCCAACAAACAAUGUGCCAA